CGCUUCCACAGAGAUAAGACCGGACUAGAGUGUCUUUACCGGGGACACAGAGGACGGUUACCCGCCUGUAUGCACUUUAAUGUCUGUGAAACUUUCCUGAAAGACUCAUCGGCUGGUUCCACAAUUUGCGGGAUGCGCCACUCGUGCGUAAAACCCUGGUAACGGUCUCCAAAAGCGCGCAGGAAGCGCCGCCGCCAGAGACCAUAAAUAAGCAUCGUAAACCUCAUCGUGGACACCUUUUAAAAACCUCACUUUAAGGCUUCGACAGCAGAGGAGGAGAGACUCAGACGGAGGAGGAGGUGGAAGGAUGUGAGGACGCACGCAGGAGGAAAAGUGAUGGAAUGAACGCGCGUGGAGAUAAAAAGUGUCAAAUGUUUUUAAAGAGACAACCCUGAAACCCAGCGGACAGUGGAGCAGUUACUGAGCUGAAGCAUGAAGCAUGAAGCAUGAAGCAUGAAGCUGGACAUCUGGAGCGCUCCCUGAACAGAUCCACGUUUAACCGCGGACCAACUCUCCUGGGAAACUGAACCAACAGUGAGAUUCUGACCCUAAACUACCUUCUCACUGACCUGCUCGUGGUCCAUGGACCUUAGACAACAGAGAAAAUACAUUUCCACCGGCCAGUGGUCAGAGCCUGAGCUCCACUCCAGUGAUGAAGUGGAAGACAAUCCCACGUUAAUUUAACUUUUUUUGUGUGUGAACUGUGCAUCGAUCCCUUUCCAGGCUCAGUGAAGAUAAAGAUGCUGCUCCUGUAAUACUCUAAUAAUAACUCAGUGGAUAUUUGCCUCACAAUGUUCAGAAACUCGUAGUUUGCCUCACUUUCUCUUCAAACAUGGAGAACGUGUCUAUCCCCGACGGUGGACCGCCAGUCUGCAACGACUCUAUGGACUUCUCCUCCUUCACGUCAGGGAAUCAGACCGGCCUGAACUGCACUCCUCCCUCCCCCUUCUACGACCUUUACGUCAUUCUGCCGGUCAUCUACUCCGUCAUCUGUGCAGUGGGACUGACGGGCAACACGGCCGUCAUCUACGUGAUCCUCAAAGCCCCCAAGAUGAAGACAGUGACCAACAUGUUCAUCCUGAACUUGGCCAUCGCCGAUGAUUUGUUCACCUUGGUGUUGCCGAUCAACAUAGCCGAACACUUGCUUCACUACUGGCCGUUCGGUGAAGUUUUGUGCAAAGUUAUCCUCAGCAUAGACCACUACAACAUCUUCUCCAGUAUCUAUUUCCUGACAGUUAUGAGCAUAGACCGCUACCUGGUUGUUUUGGCCACGGUGAGGUCCAAACGCAUGCCUUACCGCACCUACCGAGCAGCCAAAAUCAUCUCGUUGUGCGUCUGGAUCCUGGUUAUCCUCAUCGUCAUGCCUUUCACCGUUUUCGCUGGCGUCUACGUCAACCCAAACGACGGGAGGAAGAGCUGCGUGCUCAGUUUCCCCAGCCCUGAGAGCUUGUGGUUCAAAGCGAGCCGGAUCUACACGCUCAUCCUGGGCUUCGCCAUUCCGGUCUCAACCAUCUGCAUCUUAUACACCAUGAUGCUCUACAAGCUGAGGAACAUGAGGCUCAACAGCAACGCCAAGGCCCUGGACAAGGCCAAGAAGAAAGUCACCAUCAUGGUGUUUAUCGUCUUGGCCGUGUGCUUGUUCUGCUGGACGCCGUUCCAUCUCAGCACCAUCGUGGCUCUGACGACGGACCUGAGGACGACGCCGCUGCUCAUCGGGAUCUCCUACUUCAUAACCAGCCUGAGCUACGCCAACUCCUGCCUCAACCCGUUCCUCUACGCCUUCCUGGACGACAGCUUCAGGAAGGCCUUCAAGAAGAUGUUGGAAUGUAGACCAGCCUGAAUGUACGACGUCAGUCUGAAACCUGACACAGAGGUCUGCAGUGACCUACUGAGUGAGGACAGACUGUGAUGGGGAUGGGACUGACUUCUUCUAAGUCAGUCCCAUCCCAAAAGACUGACUUAAACCAUAGGUUCAAAUCUGAACUCUUCUGAUUUGAUUGUUUUGAUCUAUUAAAGCUGCACUAGGCAACUUUGCACAUUGUUUGCACAUAAUAGCACGAGGUAGCUAUCGUUUAUUUAUCUCUGAUAUAUAGAAAACAUGUAAAAUCAUGCCUGUAAACUGCACACAACACUUAUUCAUAAUGUGACAAAAAACCUAUACUGCAGUAAACCAAAGGGACGGGAGAGGAGAGACAGGAAGAGCUUUUCAAAUUCAUCCCUUCCUGUCGAUCUGAAGCCUCUUCUAAAGGGACACGAUGGUUUUCUGUGUUUGUAAUUUCACAGAGUUCGCCUAGUGCAGCUUUCAUGGCUCUGAGAGCACAGUGAGAGAAUACUGUAAGUUGACAGAAAUGGGCAAUAUUGCAUGCAAUAGGGGACGAGAACAGCGACAUGCAAGACAACUGUCACCGUCUCUGAAGAGCUGGCCUUGAAAUCUGAUUGUUUCCCAGGUGAAGAAGACUGCAAAUUCAAUUGUCAGAUCUUUUUUUCCAUGACGGUAAAAAAAAAUAAAAUAAUCUGAGGCACCGAGUCGAGAUGGUUCACCGCAAACAGCCGUGACCUUCUCCGGAGUCCAGUCUGAACUCUGCGGACCUGAUCUGAGGGUCGAACACCUGUGUGGAAAAAAACAACAGUUCAACACAGUGUUAACUGAUUUGCAUGCUGUCAAUCAAAUCAACGUGGCGAGAACAGUCGGGGUUGGAGGGUCCCAGAUGUUUGCUCUGAGCUGAAGUACUUUGUAAAAUCCAAACUGGUGGGAUGACAUAUUGAAAUAUUGUGUGAUCAUGUACGCAAACACUUUAUCUGCCUUUGAAUGAUGCUGUGUUUCGAGCAAAGUGAUCUCAGUGGAACCAAAUGAUACAUUCUGUGGAUUAGAGUUUGUUUUCCGGGGCAGGUUCUUUAAACAAUGGAAGUGUUUGGAUGACGAAUGUCUCUGCUGCACGUUAUUUCAUGUAUGUACCACUGAAGGAAAGGAAACCUACCAACCCUGACAGCAGCACUGUAGGCCUGUUAGAAGACAGGCAUGGGACAGGAGGGCUAUGUAAAAUGUAACCUGAUUCUCUUUUCACACGUCUUUUCAUUUUUUUGUGAGCUUUUGUCGCCCCCUGUUGUCAACAGGGCCGUGUUACCUGAGAAGCAGCCAGAGCCAUUUUCAGACUUCAUGCAAAGACACACACACACACACACACACACACACACACACACACACACACACACACACACACACUCUUUUAGAAAGACUAGCUACAAUGUCUUUCUUUAUUUAGUAUCUGACUAGAAGAAUAUUUGUAAUCCAGUGAGAUUCACAAUCACACCGAGCAGAUUCAGCACCCAUCUUCAUGUAGUGACGUAGUUUAGUGUGUUCAUGAAGAAACUUGGUGGUGCGUGCACAGAAAGGAGCUCACUGAAUGUCACACGAUGUUAAACAAUGAAGAUACAUUUCAGUUCAAUCAAGAAGAAACGUCAGUUACUAGAAGAUUUGAUUUGAUAAGGUAAUUUGCAUUUUUAAUUCAAUAAAAUCUUUUUUUUUAUGAUGACUUUGAAGCUUCUUCCAGGUGAAUGUCACGCUUAAAUUUACAGGAAUCAUUUAUUAAAGUCGGGAGAAUUAUAAGAGGUAAAACAGCAGCAAGAUUAAUUCCAGAUUUGAUUUUUAGAAGUAGUAUGUCACAGUUUUCCACCAAUGUUGCUGCUGCCCUCUAAGAUGGAGGCUUGAAUAUGAACUGUACGGUCAAUUAAUUAACUCAUAACUCAUCCUACUUACUUGCCUGCAAUGCAAACCCUUAAUUCUAACCUGAAUAUUACAGUCAUUUUCUUUAAACGUUAACAUAAACUCUUUAUUCCGAGUGUUGCAGACUUCACUGACAGUAGAUGAUUCUCAUUUUAAGGCUUAAUCCUCUGACGUGUCGUUUCAGGAUCAGCAGUCACAUAAAGACGUCAGAAUAAACCUCCCUGUGGUCGCUCAGACAGUUCUUUCAAUGUGUUUUGGAUUGUUACACACUUUGCUCUUUAAACUGCAGUGUAACUCCUUUCAGCCUCUGUACACGACACUGCUCUGACUGCAUGAACUACACGUCCUGCUGUAAAUACUUCAGUCUCUUUUUGCCAUUUACCUGUACAGAGGAAUGUAAAGUCAUUGUGAUGUAUGGUCAAAUACUUAAGAUUAGAACUUGUGUCACGCAUAUUGAGAAAUAAUAUGAUUAUAAAUCAUUGUCUUUAAAGAAUCAUGACAUAUAAUGUCAUUUAUUGUGUAUUUUAGAAAUCUUUCCUGUCUGUCAAUGAAUAAUCAAUAAAUAUAAGUUUAU